ACCUGUGUAAUAAACGUGGAUAAACGAUAAGUGUAGCAGAAUAGCCUAGAUGCGUCACAAAUAUUGGCAAAAAUGUUCGGUUUACUCGUAGCUGGACGACUUGUACAAACCGACUUUCAACAAGUAGGAGAGAAUCAGUUCUUGAUUACUGUGCCUGAUGCUGACAACAUUAACUAUAUAGUAGUCUUUCUUACUGGAACUAUACCCUUUCCUGAUGGCAUUGGGGGUGCAGUGUAUUUUAGUUGGCCAGAUUCAAACGCACCACCUAACUGGCAGUUUCUUGGAUACAUUUCCAACUCCAAACCUUCAGCUAUCUUCAAAAUGUCAAAUUUGAAGAAGAAUCAUGAGUUUGAGAAUAGCAAUGUGGGAAUUUUUGGCAUUGGCAAGAUCUCACACGUUGCACAGAUUGGUGUGUCAGUUGAACCACUGAUGAUGAUUGAACAACAAGCGGCUACAGUUGUUGCAACCUCAACCAACACCUUUGCUGAAUUUGUGCAGAAGAUGCUGAACAGUUUUGUGAACUAUGUAACCAGUUUUACAGUGACACAGGCGCAAAUGACGCCAAAUCCAACUGAGAACUAUGUGCCUUUGUCUACACUGCAAAGUUGGUACGAGACUUUUGAGAGACGGUUACUACAGAAUCCAAAUUUCUGGAAGUCGUGAUUAUGGAAAACUGUGUGUAUAAUAUGGAGCUAGAAACUUCUGUCGUGAUACAUACAUGAAUACUUGAUAGUCAAGAUUAAGUACAGCUUCAGUGCUUCAAUACUAUUAAGACAUUGUUGAUCAAUCAGUGUAAGUUUAUCAUUUUUAUAUUAUCAUCAAUAAAGAUGAUAUUAUUUGAUCUUA